GGUGUUUCAUGAAGUUAAACUUUCACUUUUUGUUCAAUGGGAGUGUCUGACCUGCAAUAUAAAGAGCUGUGCGUGAUAGAGUAGGGAGGGAAUUUUGAUAGGCAUCACAGGAAGCUGCUGAAUCUCUUCAUUGGUGAAAGAUGUCAAGGAUCACUCUGUGGCUUUCAGUUGGAGUGGCUGUGUUGGGUUUUGCUUCUUGCUCUAUCACAUGUCCUGAUGGGGGAACUUGCUCAGAUACUUCCACCUGCUGCAAGUCUAAUAGUGGAUAUGCCUGCUGUCCCAGUGCAAAUGCAGUGUGCUGCGCUGACAUGGCCCACUGCUGCCCGUCAGGACAUCGCUGUAACCUGGUUGCCCAGACGUGUGAGAAAGUAAACCAGCCAUGGCUGAGCAUACCCAUGGAGAACAAGGAGGCUGCAGAGAAACCAAGCACCCCCAAUCUGUCUGGAACUCCACUUCAGGAGCUCACAGAGAGCCACGUCCCAGAUCCAAUCAAGAGUUCAGUGGUCUACUGUGACAGCUACACCUACUGUCCUGAUCGCACUACUUGCUGCAGACACCCAAAAGGUGGCUGGACCUGUUGUCCCUACUUUCCUGGUAAAUGUUGUCUGGAUGGCUACCACUGCUGUCCAUAUGGAUUGGACUGUGACCACACCUACACGCACUGUGUGAGGGAAAGACUCACAUAUCCUUUCCUCCGCAAGCCAGCCCUGCCUUCAGCACCUGCCUCUCUCAUUCCUACUUCAGAGGACAAAGAAAACUAGAAGGAGGGCCACUGAAAGCAGACUUUACUGCAGAUGUUCAAUUGCUGUGACUAUGGCUAUACCUGCAACAUGCCGAAAGAUGUCGAGAAGUCUUAAAAGAACACUGUGACAAGUUUGUUUUUUUGCCAUCUUGGUUCAAAAUUGUGCUAAAAUGCUUUUUGCUAUGCUGAUGAAUAGCAGACAUUGGCGCAUCUGAUAUAGAAUCAGCUCAAUCUCACAAGAAGAUAGUUAAUGGAUAAAUGAUGCACUUACAACAGCAACAGAUGUUUGAUGUUGCUGCUACAUAUUUUAUUCUUGCAAUGGACCAAUCAUCUUUGCAAACCAGCUUAGAAAGAUCUCCUGUAGCAGCUUAUUGCCACCAAGGUCGUGUAGUAUGUUGAAAAUGCUUAAUGUGGAAUAAUUUUAGAAAUAGGCAAAUCAUUGCUAGCAAAAAUAGAUGAUGCAGAAUUUAAGAUGGUAAGUAAGGUGAAAGAUUUUUGAUUUGUUUUAUUAUUGCUUCCUUCCUUUGUAUUCUCUUGUCUUGCUUGACCAAUAAAAAUACAAUGGUAACAUCUGCUUCCCA